AUGUUGCUACGAACGACUGCUCAACUCCGUAAUGAUUUGGCUCGUGUCACCCUACGUAAUUCUAUUCGUACAAAUGUCGUCAGAUGUUUAACCACACGAUGUCUUCACAGAAGAUCACUCCAAAGGUAUCAAGGAUCAGGUGGGAAAUUUUCAGUUGAACCAUGGAGACAACAAUUUAGAUACUAUGCUGAUUAUCCAGAUCAUAUUAAAGUAGCCCUGCCUGCAUUAUCACCAACUAUGGAAACAGGAACUAUUAUUAGUUGGCAAAAAAAAGAAGGUAGUGACAAAUUAAAUGAGGGUGAUCUGUUAGCUGAAAUAGAAACUGACAAAGCAACCAUGGGCUUUGAGACACCAGAAGAAGGUUAUUUAGCAAAAAUAAUCCAACCCGCAGGAGCUAAAAAUAUUGGAAUCGGUUCUCUUGUGUGUAUAAUUGUGUCUGACGAGGGAAGUGUAGCUGCAUUUAAAGAUUUUAAAGAUGACGGAUCAGCAGCUUCAGCUCCUAAGGCUGCUCCUGCAGCUGCAGCACCUCCUCCACCUCCACCACCAAAAGCUGCACCUAAAGCAGCCGCACCACCACCUCCGUCAAUGCCUACUACUGCUGGAGACAGAGUCUUUGCAAGUCCUUUGGCCAAGAGAUUGGCUGCCGAACAAGGAUUGAGUUUGCAGGGAUUGAGAGGCACAGGAUUGUUUGGGUCAAUAACAGCUAAAGAUUUAGGAGGAGCAGGGCCUGCAAUGUCUGCUGGUACAGCUCACGCCGGUGGUAUGGACAUUCCAGUAUCGAAUGUCCGAGGUGUAAUUGCCAAACGUUUACUCGAAAGUAAACAAACAAUUCCUCAUUAUUACCUGACAAUCGACGUGAAGAUGGACGCUGCUCUAAAAAUGCGCGAACAAUUCAAUCGUAUGAUGGAAAAAGAAAAUGUCAGGGUUAGCGUUAAUGAUAUUAUUAUCAAAGCUAUGGCUAUGGCGUGUAAAAAAGUACCAGAAGGUAACAGUGCUUGGCUUGGAAAUGUUAUCCGACAGUACGACAAUGUAGACGUAAGUGUAGCUGUGAGUACAGAAUCAGGCUUAAUAACUCCAAUAGUAUUUGGUGCUGAUUGGAAAGGUAUAGCGCAAAUAAGUAAAGAUGUUAAAGCUCUUGCUGCCAAAGCGAGAGAAGGUAAACUCCAGCCACAAGAAUUCCAAGGUGGUACGAUAACAGUCUCUAAUUUAGGAAUGUUUGGUAUUAAACAAUUUUCGGCGAUUGUUAAUCCACCGCAGUCGAUUAUUCUCGCAAUAGGAACCACUGAAAACAGACUUAUACCUGCUGACAAUGAAAGAGGUUACAACUCUGCGCAAUUUAUGUCAGUGACUGCAAGUUGUGAUCACAGAACAGUCGACGGUGCUGUUGGUGCCCAAUGGCUCUCAGCGUUCAGAAGUCUCAUGGAAAAUCCAAUGACCAUGUUAUUGUAA